GUGAGGCGAAAAUGAGUUUAACGAAGAGGCUCGCAGACAACCUUACGCCAUCAGAAGAGGAGUCGUGCACACGCAGAAGAAUGCCGGGUGAAGAAAUGGUCGACCAUCUGCUCCACGAGUGGACGGCAACCACCCCUUUCAUUUACCAACCCCGUCGCCCAAUCCGGCGGUCAAACCACGAAUCAUGGACAAGCUCGCAUUGUACGAGAAAGUGUUCAACCAGGUCGACGGCGACGGAGACGGGAAGCUGUCUCCGCCAGAGCUGCAGCAGUGCAUGGCGGCCGUCGGGGGGAGUUUGACGCUCGAGGAGGCGGAGUUGGUGGUGGGGAAUUUGGAUUCCGACGGCGAUGGGCUGGUGGGAUGGGCUGAAUUUGUUGCGUUUGUGGAAGGAGUGAAGGAGGAAGAGAAGGUGCGUGAUCUGAAGGAGGCGUUCAGGAUGUAUGAAAUGGAUGGUUGUGGAUUCAUCACGACCAAGAGUCUGAAGAGGAUGCUCAGUAGGCUUGGGGAAUCGAGGAGCAUUGAAGAAUGCAAGAAAAUGAUUGCUAAAUUUGAUCUCAAUUCUGAUGGCGUUCUUAACUUUGAUGAGUUCAAGUUCAUGAUGUCCUGACUUUGAACUUUGAUUUUGUUCAUCACUUGUUAUAAAGAUUACUCAUUUCUUUUCCUA